AAUGAGUGACAUGGAAUCGUACAAGGUGCUUCUGGAUGGGCCGGCGCCAUGGGGGUUCAGGCUGCAGGGUGGCAAGGACUUCAACAUGCCGCUCUCUAUCUCCAGGCUCACCCCCGGGGGCAAGGCGACCCAGGCAGGUGUGGGAGUAGGUGACUGGGUGCUAAGCAUUGACGGGGAGAACACCAGCGCCCUGACCCACAUUGAAGCACAGAACAAGAUCCGCGCCUGUGGGGACAAGCUCUCCCUCAGCUUAAGCAGAGUCCAGAACCUCCUAAGCAAACCUCAGAAGGCGCAGAACCCUGACAAGGUUAAUGCUAACCCCCCUCAGGUGAAGUCUCCACCCCAAAGCAAUCCCGUACCUGAUUAUGGAGAUUACUACCUGGAGGACCAGCACUCUCUGCGGCUGGUGAGCCUGCCGGCCUUCCUUUCCAGUGACUCCAGCAAAAAGAGACUUAUUGAGGACACGGAGGACUGGCGGCCGCGUACUGGCACUACCCAGUCUCGCUCCUUCCGUAUCCUGGCCCAUCUCACAGGCACAGAAUUCAUGCAAGACCCGGAUGAUGAGCAUGUUAGGAAAGCCAGCCAGGUCUCCAUGCCGGAUCUGUCUUCUGCGCCAACCUUGAAAGUGGAGCCAGGAUAUGGCUCUGCUGCUCCGAAGCCUGCACCCAUCUCUGGCCCUGCCAGUCGUCCCCCUUGGGCUGUGGAUCCUUCCUUUGCUGAGCGCUAUGCCCCAGAUAAAACCAGCACGGUGCUGAGCAAGCACAGCCAGCCAGCCACACCAACACCCAUGCAGAACCGCAACUCCAUCGUCCAGGCCGCGCAGCAAGCACCUGAGAGUGCCAACAAAACACCCAUCUGCUAUCAGUGUAGCAAGAUCAUCAGAGGGCGUUACCUGGUGGCACUGGGACGCUACUACCACCCUGAGGAGUUCACCUGCUCUCAGUGCAGGAAGGUGCUAGAUGAGGGCGGUUUUUUUGAGGAGAAGGGCUCCAUCUUCUGCCCCAAGUGUUAUGACAUGCGCUAUGCCCCCAACUGUGCCAAGUGCAAGAAGAUGAUUACAGGGGAAAUUAUGCAUGCCCUGAAGAUGACCUGGCACGUUCAGUGCUUUAUCUGUGCAGCCUGCAAAACACCCAUCCGCAACCGCGCCUUCUACAUGGAAGAAGGGCAGCCCUACUGUGAGAGAGACUAUGAGAAGAUGUUUGGAACUAAAUGCCGUGGCUGUGACUUCAAGAUAGAUGCUGGCGAUCGAUUCCUAGAGGCGCUGGGCUUCAGCUGGCAUGAUACCUGCUUCGUCUGCGCGAUCUGCCAGAUCAACUUGGAAGGAAAGACAUUCUACUCCAAAAAGGACAAGCCCUUGUGCAAGAGCCAUGCUUUCUCCCAUGUGUGAGGGAGAGGACAGGGAAGAGAAGAUCUGACUGCCCAAGCUGCUGGCCCACCCUAGCCCUGCACCCCUCUUCCCCCACAUCUUGCCCCUGUCCUGAAAGCGAGAGAGCUGGGCCCAGGCCCCUCACUUGACAAUCAUUCCCAUUGAGGGUGCAGUGCUCAGGGCUCCCUUCAGUACUUUGGGAGGGUUCAGUUACGUGGAUUUAGGCCAUUGCUUCCCUCACCCCAGUAAAAUCCCAUUCUGCACAAGCACUAAGUGAUUGGGGCAGGGACAUCUCUACCCUUCCCAUGCCGUGAAGCCAUAGUGUCAUUACUCAGAAGGAUUCGCCUGUACCUCUGUUUCUGUGCCAGCUGCAGCCAAAGAGAGGGAGCCCCAGGGUUGUUACUCCCUAGCUGAAGGAUCCUAAAUAUUAGUGCUCUUGCAAAGUAGGCAUCUGUUGAGACCAAGCCUUCCCUAGGGGUCAUUAUCUCCUAUUGAUGUGAAUAAUUGCCCUUGGAGGCAACAGCUUUUCCCAAAGCCUGACUCUGGAUAGGGCUCAUUCUCAGUACUUCCUGCCUCCUUUGCCAUGUAGCUACCAACUUCUCCUUGCCUUCUCCUCCCUGAGAAGUCAUUGCAAAGGAUUUCUAUGAUCCAGGCUGGUUCUGUCAUGCCACUCCAUUUGCUCUUUAUCCAUUAGUACGUAUUUCCAUAUUUAGUGGCAGAAACCCACUCCCAGCCAUAUUGGCCUCAUGAAAUUGCUUUUCCCAAAGUCCAGACCAAAGAAACCCUUCCCCUGCCUCAAGAGGUCUUCCCUAUUCACAGAAGUGUUUGCAAAGUGGAAGAUCCCCCUGCCGCCACUCUACCACCACCGCCCUACUCCAGGAAACUGUUGGGUAUCUCCAGGGAAGAGCAUUUUCUGUAAGUUGCAACAGACUAAGUAAAAAUAAUGUUUAAAUGCCAUAGAGAUCAGAAAUGUUGCAGGAUCCGGCCUCUUCUCCCCACCAGUCAAAACUGCUUCUCCCACACCGUGAGAUGAACGUGCAACUCACUCCCCCAGUACACGAUGCUGCAUCUGCCUGUAGCUCACAGCCCCUGGGCCAGACGUGGCCCCAGAACAUCCCUACCAAAGAGUUAUUAUUUCUAUUUUGCUCUAAAUGUGUUUCCCAGAACCGUGCUGUCCGGCUGGGUGUCUGUCGUUCUUUGCCACCACAGUGGCACUUUUAAUGCCUAAUAAAAUAUGUCUUUUAAUUUUUGUCACU